AUGGAGAUGGAAAUGAACGCUGAAAUGGAGAGACCGGCUUGCCUGAUGCCUUCUGUUUCUGCUGGACUGACAGAAGACGGAAGCGAAAGUGGUGAACCAUCGGCUGCAGGAAGUUCUGCGGGAAGCAUUUAUUGUACUUUAGAACGCGACUACGCUCGAGUGUUCGAUCAAUACUAUUCCCUUGAAUAA